AUGAUUUUAAUUUUACUACAAAUUAGUUUCUAAGAUACUAUAAUAUAUUAAUAAUAAGUAACAGCUUCAACAGAACUGUAGAUGUUUAAGAAAAACUAAAAAUAACCUUUUUUUUUUAAAUUUAAUUUUUUAAAAUAAAGUUAUAAUUUAUUUCAUAGAUGUAUUUUUUUCCGGCUUAGAUAUUUGGUAAAUUUUGAAUACUUGUAAUUUGUUGGGAGUUAUUUCCUUCUAUUAGAGAGUUGCGUUCAAUCGAGAGUUUCGACCUUGGAUGAAAACCAGCAGUAAGCGUUGUUUCGUCGAUUUGAAAGACAUUCGUGUUCGAAAGAAGCUUCUUAUAUUUCUUUAUUAAAAAGUAAAUGAAUAAAUAAAUAAUGUAUACUCCUGUAUUGAAAAUAAUCUUUGUAUUACUUUGUUCAUUGCCAAAUACUUUCCAGACUCCUCAUCUGGAUGCACCAUCUACUAUGGAUAUUCCUGUAAACAAUUCUUUAAAUCUUCUCUGUUGGGGACAGUACUCUUUAGAAUGGAAUUAUCCACAAUUAAAGGAAAACUUAACUUUACCAACAAUACAUUCAGAACGUGAAUCGAGUAGAUAUAUUAGCAGAUUAAUGAUCGAUCAUAUUCAGAUUGACGACAGAGGAGAAUAUAUAUGCUACUACAGUGAUAAAAACUAUAAAGAGAAUACUAAUUCAGCUUCAGUGAAAGUUUUUGUUAAUGAUCCAGAUAAUUUGUUGAUACCUCAAAAAGUCUUCUAUUUGUCUUGGUGUCCUAAUAAAUCUAUAGUUGUACCUUGUAUGCCAACAAAUUCAAUGGUCAAUAUUACAUUAUGGGCAAAUGGACAGGAAAAUGGAAUUAUGAUUCAUAUUGAUAACAUCACUCAUUUCAAUCCUUUUGAAGGUUUUGUUAUAUCAAUUGGUUUAAUGAUCACCACUAUUGAAUGUAUUGGAGAAUUAAAUAAUGUUAUAUCAGAACCACAAAUAUUUACAAUUCAUCAUAGUGUUCCUGGUAUUAUUCCUCAUAUAAGUAUAUCAUCAGAACCAGAUCGAUAUGCAUUAAUAAAUGGAAAUUUAACUCUGACUUGUUCAGUAAAUACACCUGAUAUCAUAUAUCGGCCAGAAUGGGAAAACAUCAGGAAUGAAACAGAUCAACAUUCUUCAUCACAAAUAACAAUUGAAAAUGGAAACAUUUCUAAUGUUUAUUAUAUAUAUAAUGUGAAAAAAACUGAUGAAAAUUGCUAUAAAUGUGGGAUUGAAACUUCUUGUGACAAAGUAGCUGAAGAAAUUUGUAUUAAAGUAUUUGACACUAAACCAAUACCAUCUUUUAAUCUUUCAACUCAUAUUGAUAAGCCAGUUGUACUAAAAACUGGAGAAAAAUUAGUAUUGGUCACCUAUUUUGAUUUAUUUCCUCUGGAUGCAUAUGACGAGAUAGACUUCUAUUGGUAUAAGGAUGGAAAACAACUGGAAAAUAAUGAUCGUAUUAAUAUUUCUUUGAAUCUUCCUAAAAAAAGCACAAUAAAAAUUUCAAAUUUACAGCUAUUAGAUGGAGGAAAUUAUACAUUUGCUGGAAAUACUUCAAAAGAAUCAAAAAAUAUUUCAAUUAUUGUGCAAAUUGAGAGUAAACCAAAUAUCAAUAUUACUGGAUUAUCACAGAAUAACUUUUACAUGGCUGAAGAAAGACAUGUUUUCUUUUGUGAUGUUGAAGCAAAACCACUGCCAAAUGUUAUUUGGUAUUGGAAAUCAUGUAAUAGUUACAUGACAUGUGAUAAAAAUUGGACAUUAGUGGACCCUAAUUUAAAUCUUCCUAACUUUGAUAGACACAUGCAAGCUGACAUUUCUGAUAUUAGAAGAAUUUGUCGUUUGGAAGUUACAGCUUACCAAACAGGAUAUUACAAAUGUGUUGCUGAAAAUAUUCAUGGUAUAGAAUUUGAAGAAAUGCAAUUAAUUGUAACAGAUGUUGAAGAUGGAUUUAGAAGUAAAAUUUCUUUAAAGUCACCUGUUGAAUUAGACAAUGUUACAAUUGAAUGUCAAGCAAAUAUAUUUCACUAUAAUAGUAUUAGAUGGGAAUGGUUUCCUUUAGAAGAAAAGAAUUCAUCAGACAUAACAGACCUUUUGGAAACAAACUUAAAUAUCAACAUUUCAUAUGAGGCAACUUUAUAUUCUCAUGUAAUUGUAAUUAAUUUUCGUCCUAUUUAUGUUAAUAAUUCUGGAGUUUAUAUCUGUUAUGGUCAACCCUUGGAUAAUAAUACUGAUGUUAUUAGCAGUUCAAUUAGCUUUGUUGUGAAAGAUAUAAUUAAACCAAUGUUGAUUUCAACAAAUUUAAAUGGAACUAAAGUAACUGUUAAACAAAAUCAAGAGUAUCAGUUUUUUUGUUAUGUAAGAGGAUCUCCAUAUCCUGUUAUAAAGUGGUAUCGCAAUCAAAAGCUGUUAAAACAUUCUGAAUCAAAGGCAAUAAAAUUCAAAUUAAGUAAUCAGCGACUGCUUAUAAAUAGAGUUAUUAAUACGGAUUCAGGAUUAUAUCAAUGCAAAGCAGAGAACAGAGGUGGUUAUAUUACUAGAAACAUAACAUUGCAAGUUAUUUCAGAUGAGAAAAAUGAAGAUAAAAAUUUUAAAAUUUCAAAACUGAAUGUUAUUAUUAUUGUAUGUGUAUUUAUUACUGCAAUUGUUUUUGUAAUAGUGGGUGUAAUUGGAACAAAAAUAUAUAGGAAAAAAAAAUAUCAACAUGGAAGAGCUUUUAUCAAUAACUGUAGGUUUAGUGAAGGUCAGUUAGAAUUAUUAAAUCCAGAACUCCCACUUGAAGAACAAGCUGAAUUAUUGCCAUAUAAUAAUUGCUGGGAAUUUCCUAAAGAGCGUUUAAAACUGGGUUCUACAUUAGGCCAAGGGGUAUUUGGUAGAGUUGUGAAAGCAGAUGCAAUAGGACUAUUACCUAAUGAAGCAAGUACUUCUGUUGCUGUAAAAUUAUUAAAAGAACAAGCAGAUGUUAAUCAACAAAAAGCAUUGAUGACUGAACUCAAAAUUCUUUCACAUCUUGGUCACCAUAUGAAUAUUGUAAAUCUUCUUGGUGCUGUUACCAAAAAUUUAAAUAGAGGUAAUUUUAUAUUUNAAAUUUGUAAUAACAUACAUAAUGCGUUACUACAUAGAGAUCUUGCUGCCAGAAAUAUUCUUGUUGCCGAUGGUAAUGUUAUUAAAAUAUGUGAUUUUGGACUUGCCAAAGAUUUAUAUGAAUAUGGAAGUUACAUAAAAAAGGGUGAUGGACCUCUUCCUAUUAAAUGGAUGGCAAUUGAAUCAAUUCGAGAUAAAAUUUUUACGACAAAAAGUGAUGUGUAAGUAUAUUUUUCAAAAAUGAUGAGUUUAUUCAUAUGUGUAACAUGUAUAAAAGGAUCUUUGUUUUUCUUUUGUCAUUGUAUGAAAGUAAUGUUGCCAUGUGUCCUAUAAUUAUGAUAAAUGUCCUAUGUCCUACAUGAAAGCUUAAUUUUCCUACUUUACACUUGUAGACAAAAAACUUUAUGUUCAAAAAUUAAGUUAUUUUAAAAAAUUAAAAAGAGAGAGAAAAAUAUUCAAUUAAUUUCUGAAUACAUGCGUAGGAUUUUGUGAAUAUAAUAAAAGUCUUCAUUGAAAU